AUGACGGUAUUCCACCUUCGCGACAUCCGCUGGGAGAGGCCCAGGUUUCUAUCGAAGUCGUUCCUCGCUUUCGUGACCUUCAACUUCAUCAGCUACUCGCUGCUGGCAGCUGAAGUUCUUACCACGAAUGUUGCUGGCACGUCUCCGAAGGAAAAGAGUUUCUACCAGCACGUCUUCAACGGCUGCUACGCCGUCCUGCUGUUCAUCGUGGUGACUUUCUUCCUUAUCUACGGAGUUGAAGUUUAUUUUAAGCUCCGCGGCGAGUUCCUGAAGGAGACCAAAGUAUGCACGAUCAUAUCGCCCCGUCCGGGGCCGUCGAGCGCAGACGAUGGCGAUGACGUACAAGACACGCUCGUCACCAAACAGGGUAUACAAACGGACUUGGCAGCGGAUGGAUCGGUAGACCCUCGUUCCGUGGACGUGUCGCAGCUGCACCAGUCGCGCUUUGGCCUCAUCAGCCAGGCCCUGAUGCUUAUCCUCAUCGCUGGCUUCCUAGCUUCUGAGACCCUCAGCGAGUUCUGGAAAACCAAAGUCCCAGUGGUGUCCCGUAACUGGCACGACUUGGUGUUCCGUUUGGCGGAGAUCGGUGUAGCGCUAUGGUUCCCGUGUGUCCUGUGGAACUCCAUGGCUCCCGAGCGCCUGUGGUUGCUCAACCCGCGUCGCUUGUUGGCUCGCCAGCUCGACGACGCGCGUCUAGCCGACCUACUCGCCCAACAUCAUGACGCCAAGAAUUUGGUGGAAAAACACCGUAUGUCUUGGAUGGAGAGAGCUCAGUUGGUCGUGAGAGUGGUGUCUUUGUGCCGAUGUCUUGUAGCGAGGACUAUUCUGAAUGUGUUCCGACCACAAUUAGCUCUUAGAGACAGUGCCGAAGAUGCAAGUGAUACUGUUUUGGACUUGCCUGCUAGAUCCCCUGCUAAGCGGCAAAAUGUGGAGACGGACUCGCUAGUGGGCAGCGUGGGGUCGGCCCGUGACUGCUGGAUAUGCUACGACAGCUCGCGCUCGGAGCCGCUGAUCCGGCCCUGCCGCUGUACUGGCGACGUGUCUGCCGUGCACCACGACUGCCUCAGUCGCUGGCUGGUUGAGAGUGCGGCCAGUCCUGAUGGACUGAAGUGCAAAGUGUGCAACACACCAUACAUCGUACAGGAGACUAACAGGGUGGUAUGGGAGCGUGGGUUCACGGUGGCGCACUGGGCGCGCACGGCGCUGGCGGUGGCGUGCAUGUGCGCGGCGGGCGCGGCGGCCUGGGUCUGCGUGCAGCUCGCCGCCUCGCCCGUCGCGCGCGUGCUCGCCGCCGGCGCCGCGCUGCUCGUCUGCUACGUCGCCAUCAGAUUCCUUGGCAUGAACACUGUGAGCGCUUACCAGCGAGCGAAGGUCUCGUCCCUGCGCAUCCUGACCGAGCCAUUAACAGAGAUCACUGGUCAAAACGACCAGGGACAACUUUCCACAAUCAGCAACACGGUCACAGUGGAAAUAGCAUCGAAAGUCGUCCUCGAGCGGGCACUCAAGGGUGAAGUGAACAAGUAAAUUAAAAAAAACUGUCCAAACAACGGCCAAUAACGUUACAAAAAACGGUGAUACUUCAGUACAAACGCAGUGAACAGUGAUGUGAUACAGUGGUAACGAACUCGUUAUUUAUUUCUUCGAGGCUUUAAGAACUAUUUCGAAGUAUUUCCAAGAAAAUAAAAGU